AUGAAAACAAGACGCACUUGGCUCGUCCUUCUGGGCGCCGUCUCUCUAGCCCUAAUUCCUCACGUCACGGCAGACGACCCCCAGAUCACCGACCCGAAUCUCGCCGUCAUCCGCGACUUCAACAUCGUCCUUACCGACAACACCAAAGUCAACGACCUUCAAUGCUGCAUGGGACUGUCCAACGAACUCCCCUCAGUCGCGCAGUAUCAGUGUUUCGAGCAUCAGGAUAUGCAGAUGGGAUCUGCGCCUGGGUCGCGACGUCUCGGACUGCAGUUCUGUUCUCACCUCCCCGGGUCUACUCCUGACGAUGCGAGCAAUGCGUUCAAAGAUGCAUGCGCCAAGGGGAGCGGUGAGGUGAUUACGGUUGAUAAGGGAUACUGUCCGCAGAUCUGGCCGAACUACAAGGACGACUAUAAGAAGCCAGCACCCGUGGCUGGUUCAUCGCCGGAUGGUGAUGCUAAAUCGACACCUGCUACUCCGCCUUCCACCGCACCUGACGCCGGCGGCAAAACGACCAACGACAAAGACGGGUUCAAAAACACCGGUACUUUCCACUACACUCUCGUCGAUUAUUCCAUCACCCGAUCCCUAGCCUGCUGUAAAGGUUCAACGUCACCCAUCGUGAAACAUCAAAAGUACAAGUGCGGCCAACGAAAAGUCGAAGCGAAAACCUUCAUGUCCCAAUGCGCUCAGAUGCUUCCCACCAUCACCAAGCCCAAGAAGCUGAACGGGUACACGACGCUGAAUGGCGAUGGAGAUGCGGUCGUCGACGAAAAGACGAAACAACAGUGCAGCGCAAUGUGGACAAACGCGAUGUCAUUUACGUACGGGUUUUGUCAGCUGGAUUACGAUGGGGCGAGGGACGAUGCGGUCAAGGCGUUCGGAGAUGACUGUGGUGCAAAGGGUGGUGUGAUGAAGGAUCCGCAUCAGGGAAUGUGUCUGUGGAACGUGGAUGAUGCUGCGAUUGACAGUUCUACGGGUUGA